AUGGCGUUGCGGCAUCCUCGCCAUUCGGUAUACGCGCAGCUGCGGCUCCUUGCCUUGGCAAGGGUUGCUGUAUUGGGCACACAAAAAACAAGGAUGACGCAUGGCACAUUUCAGGUUCGACUUGUAGAUAGGACACACAUCAUGGUUAGCUCUUUGGUCAUCAACUGGUCCAUGACCAAGAAUAUAUUAAAACAAACACAACCGUAUAUAACUUCUUGUGCAUCAGGGAGGCAUGCUGUGGAAGCAAAAGGUUGCAGGUUUAUGCUAAGUGAGGGAGAUAUGGUGAAAGCAGCGAAAGGGAAAGACUACAGAUUGCUGGAUUGGGAGUUUGGGACUUUGCCUGCAAAAUGA